GAAUUAUUUCAAGUUAGUGCUUAACAAGUAUGUGKUGUCAAAUGAGCUAAUGCAAUGCUAAAGUGAUUAUUUAUUUGUGCAAUAAUAUCAAUAUAUAUAUACUAUAUAGUAUAUAUACUUAAUCCAUGCAUAAGCAAGAAAGUAAAAAAAAAAUACAAUGAAAGUGAAAAUAUUCGGGCUUUCAUUUUUGCCCAUCCAGUUACUAAUGUUAAGCGCGCUCGCGACAUGCACUGCAAAGCCCACAAACACAGCCAGCGAAGUCAURGUCGUCAACACCACGGCAGCGGACGAUAGUUCACAGCAUCCAAACACAGAACUCAUUCUAAGUGCGGAUAAUGACACAGGAGUGUCAACAAAAGCGUCUACAGUGAAUGCAGCGGAUAAUGGACUGAACGAAAUCGAAAGCGAAUAUCGUGUUGAGUAUGCGAAGAAAAUGCUCACGUAUAUGAAUCAAAGCGUUGAACCGUGUGAUGAUUUUUAUGAGUAUGCCUGCGGCAAUUGGAAGAAUGAAUACUUUGACAAUGAAAYGCRUGGCGAAAUWAGYGAUAUCGUCAWAGAGGURCGCAAGAGUUUGCGUGAAAUAUUAGAGCAAGCYGAGUGGUUAGAUGAGAAAACGCGAGAGCAAGCGCUGCUUAAGGAGGCAGCUAUUAAGCCACAUAUUGGAAGUAUUGAGAAUAAAAAUAUAAAAAAUCGUUUGAUAAAGCAAAUCAACGAGUUUAACUAUGUGGAAGGCAAUUACGAACUAAAUUUAGUCAACUUAUUUAAAUUCAGAACAAUGCAAAGACGUUUCAAYGGACUACAYCACAAAGAAUAUGACAACUACACAUUGAAACCGUUAGAGCUAUUGAAGGGUAAACAAGUGAAGGCCGUUUAUAAGAAUGUGGAUAAUUCCAUUUAUAUAAUGGCUGGCAUUYUACAUCCACCCGUCUAUCAUAAGGCGUGGCCAGCAGCACUGAAAUUCGGUACCAUUGGCUACUUGGUGGGACACGAAUUCACACAUGCCUUCGACUCGGUGGGCGCGCAUUACAAUAGCGUUGGCGAAGAGAACUACUGGUGGUCGGCGAAGGCUGGUAAGGCAUUCAGCGAGYGCGAAGAGUGCUUUGUUAAUCAAUACAACGCUUAUGAGAUAUCUGAAAUCAAACGUURUGUGAAUGGUAAUCAGACCAAGGACGAAAAUAUUGCCGAUAAUGGUGGCUUGCGACAGGCAUUAUCUGCAUAUCACAGGCAUGUGAAAGAGUUGAAUCUAUCUCCAAAAGAUKUACAGAUGCCCGGACUGSAUCUAACRCCCGAGCAGCURUAYUUUCUGGGCUUCGCGCAACUCUGGUGUGCUUCCUAYAAGGAGCACCACUAUUGGGAGGAGCUUAAGAAUGAGCAUGCAUUGGAAAAAUUUCGCGUUUUAGGCACCGUAACGAAUGCUGAAGAAUUUAGCAAAGCUUACAACUGUCCAGUUGGUAGUAAAAUGAAUCCAGCCAAGAAUAAAUGUCGGAUGUGGUAAAUUUAGAUUAAAAAAGCUACUUUUUAUGUAUGUAUUUUAAUAUAUGUAUAGUAUAUUAAUAAACCAAAACUUUCUUAACUUAGGGAA